AUAAAGGAUAUAGAUCAGUGGUCAUUCCCUAAUCAACAUGGUAUAAACUUCAGUCUGACAAAGGGAAAUUCUGCGAUAAGAAAAUACCCAAUAGUGGUUGGUUUUGCAUUAGAGAGCAAUGUCAUAUUGGGUUUAUAACAGGGUAGAAUUUGAUUUUGAUGGUGACUGGAGAAAUUCCCAGGUAAUCUACAAUGACUUUGAUUGCAAAUGGCUGGAGGAGAGACUGGGAAUCUUUGUACCAGAAAACGAAAAGGAUUUGAAGGUAAGAGCAAAUCACCUUGAACAAAUUGUUGAGGCUGCUCGAGAGGACAUGGAUGCCCAAGACGAGUAUCUGUUCUUUAAGUGGAGUCAAGCAGAUGAAGAUUAUGUAUACGACUUGCCCUUGAUAAAGAUUGAGGAGAAGUUACAGUGCUUGAUUUGUAUUGAGGAUAUGGAAAUAGGAGAGAUGGGGAAAGAGUUGCCUUGUGAACAUAUUUUUCAUGAUGGCUGUAUUGAAGAGUGGCUAUUAGAUUACAACCAUGUUUGCCCAAUCUGCAAAUUUGAGCUGCCAGUAGCCGAAAUUGAUGAGAACUAAACUAAUUGGGCAUAAUUGGGUAUAUCGAACUCUGGAAUAUGAUAAACACGAGGUGAGUACAUCUGGGGAAAUAAUUUUAAUUAUUUAUAUCUACAAAUAGACAUGAGAAAACGCGUGUUUUGAAUCACUUCCCCAAAAAUUAAAUAUCUUUGUCAGAAUGAUCAGUAAAAAAAUUCAAGUAAUCCUUUAA